GCAUUUUGCAUGGGAUCAGCGGUUCGUCGCUCCGAGCACAGCUGCAUUGCCAUCUUAGACCGGUUCUCUGAUUAUCUGGUCUUCAUCGCCUACUUUUGUUGCUGCCCUCUCCCCCUCGCCCGCUAUCGCAGGCCCCGAUAUUGCAAUCUGCCUUGCAACAACUUCCACUUAACCUCUAGUGGACCAAAUUCCAAGUUCCAGCUUGCGAAGAGGAUCGGACAAAGCUCGAACCAGGCGAUCCUGCGCGGCAUGCACUGCGUGACGAGAGAGUAGGAAAGGCAGCUUGCUGCGAUGGACGAUCCCAGCCAGAUAUUCUCGCGACUCUCGGAGAUCGCGGGAUAUGAAUGGGACUCCGACGCAGAGGUAUUUCACUCUAGCUACGACAACUGGCAUUUCUCUGGUACACAAUUCUACUAUGAAGAUGAAGCUGCGUCAGCUGCCGCAGGUAAACCCGCGAAGUCGAGCCCUUCCCGCUCCGGCAUCUCGAACGACUCCCGCACGUCGAUGAAAUUUCACAAGUCGUCGAGCAGCGAAUCUCGAAUAUCUGGACCUCCAAGCCCCUUGGAAAGACGCUCCCGCAAAGUGAUUGCCCGAGUAUCGACGCAUAUUCUACGCCUGGAGCGAGAAUUCGCUCUAUCGAAACAUGUUGUCGCAAAGAGUGAUCCGGAGUAUAAUCACUUUGUUCGGCCGCUGGAGCUGAUCAGGCUACCUCCCCGGGCUGGGGGUGACACUCUGAUUGUAUCCAUAUUCGAAUCUCCCGGUCCAAACUACUUGCGAGAGAUGGUUGAAUACUGGCCAAAUGUGUACCAAACGACACUUGGCCCCGAAUCUGGUCCGAGUCUAUCUAAACAUGAAAAGAUGAGGAAAGAGAGGGUUCGGGUUUCUAUACCUAAUUUUUUACGAUUUGCAAUUGGAGCCGCCGAAUGUUGCGAGAUUCUCCACCACAGAAAUCGCAUUGUACAUGGUGAAAUUCGCGGAGAUGCAUUUCACUACAACCAACAGACGAAUGAGGUGAAGAUGCUGAAUCUAGGGUCCGGUGCAAGAUCAUUCGAAAGUGGUCUGACGUCUGCUGGUUGGUAUAUGUUAAGUCGUGAAUCAGGAAUCGAGCAUAAGCUACAGUUCAUUGCACCUGAACAGACAGGCAGGCUUCCGGCCGAACCAGAUAGCAGGACGGACAUUUAUUCGUUGGGAGUACUGUUCUGGAUGAUGCUAACAGCGGAACCAGCCUUCUCGGGCGAGAACCCCCUAGCCAUCAUGCAGAAUGUCCUCUCCCGCCGCAUUCCCCCAGUAUCUUCGAAACGGCAUGACAUACCUGAAAUCUUAUCUCAGGUCAUCGCAAAGAUGACGAACAAGAAUCCUGAAGACCGCUACAAUUCAGCUUCGGGAAUGAAGUACGACCUGGUCCAAAUACAAAAAUUCCUCAUCGAUGGUGACAGCGAGGGCUUGCAGAACUUUCAAAUUUGUACAAAGGACGUUUCUGCUUUCUUCAAUUUACCUAGCAUUCAAAUAGGGCGCGAAUCUGAGAAACAGCAGAUUAUAACCAUCAUCGAAGAUGUUGCUAAGCGGCAGGCACGAGUGGCACUGUUAUCUACAAGGAAAUUGUCGAAUAUGGGUCUAACUCUCUCUUCCACUUUAUCCGACAAGCAAGAGAUGCCAGCCUUGGAUGAGACCCUCUCGGAUAGCGCCAGCUCGAGAGGUUCUGAUAUGAAGAUUAACAAUGGGGUGCCAACACAUCCAGCGAAACGUUCCCAGGAGAGCGUCGCUGGAUCGGAGCCAUCAUCAACUGAAGAAUCUGCUUUGCCAAAUCGAACACGGGCGCUUAACGUUGAAUCGAAAUCAAACUCUAUUCUUGAUCAGCGGGUUAACCCCGGUAUUGCCUCAAAUCAGAAUUCUAGCACUCUGGAUAGCUCCACCAAGCUUGUCAAAGGAGCGACCCGCACAAGGAGAAAAGGACACUGUGAAGUCAUCUCAAUAUCUGGGGCAGCUGGUCUAGGUAAAUCAUGUUUGAUUCAAAGCAUCCAGUUAGCCGCUCGACAGCACGGCUACUUUGCCUCAGCAAAAUUUGACCAAGCAAGAAAAUCGCCGUACGAGCCUGUACUUCGGCUUAUGUCGUCACUUUUUCGACAGAUCUUCUCCGAGAACGAUGUUUCGACACCGUUUCACCAAUUGAUUCGAAGGCAGGUAAUGCCAAUAUGGCAUUUUCUUCACACCUGGCUAGAUCUUCCGGACUGGCUUCUAAACUCAGCAACUGGAACAGCUGGAUCAAACUCGAUUUCUGCAUCUGCUCCCAGAAGAUCGCCUGAGGCACGACGGGCAUCCUCUCCUUCACUUCUUGGUCCGACUGGACAUACGAACCUCAGUUCCAACGCAUCUGCUGUUGAGUGGCUUCGCACAGGUGGCACGGCCAAGUCUUCUCGAUUCAGCAACAUCUUCAUCAGUGUCCUAAGAGUACUUGCUUCGGAGAAAUUUAUCUGCUUUUCCAUCGAGGACCUCCAAUUUGCCGACUACGAGUCGCUUUCUCUGAUACAAAGAAUGGUUGAGGGCAAUGUUCCGAUCCUGAUGAUCGCAACGUAUCGGGAAAUGGCUACACUGCCAAAGAAUGUGAAGACACUUUUAGCGAACUCUAUGAACAUCACACUCAAGCCAUUUACCGAAGCGGAAACGGCACAGUACGUUUCUAAAACCCUACAUCGUUCUUGGGAGGAUAUGAUUCCUCUAGUGGCGGUGAUUCAAGAGAAGACGGCCGGUAACCCGUUCUUUAUACGUGAGGUCCUCGAAACAUGUUACAGGACAAACGGUAUUUUUUACUCAUGGAAGACGUCCUCUUGGGAAUAUGAUCUAGACAAGAUUUUCGACGAGCUGCAGUCGCAAUCAUACGGAUCGCAGAUAAACAAUGACUUUGUGAACAGGCGACUCCACAACCUUCCCGAUCCUGCGAAAUGUCUUCUGGCUUGGGCGGCUUUGCUGGGCAGUUCAUUCUCUUUCUCACUAGUGAAGCGGCUUCUGUCGGGUGAAAACUCUUGGCCAAAGGCGAAGAACAUGCCCACAAUAGGUUUGUGCGACCCGGUCGAAGGCCUUCAGAGUGCUUUAGGUGCUUUUCUAAUUAUGCCAACCGAUAAUGAGGAUCGGUUUCGCUUCAGCCACGAUCGAUACAUGCAAGCUUCGUCGAGCUUAGUGGAAUCCUAUAACAAAACGGAAAUGCACUAUGCGAUCGCGAAAACGAUGAUUGACUAUGACUAUAAAGAUAAUGCAAACACGAGCGCUAAGUGGAUUCAUGUCAAGGCAUCCCAUAUCUGCGCCUGUACUGACUUGCUCCGUGAACGAGAAGCAUACCGUGCACCAUAUCGCUCUCUGCUUUUCCGCGCUGCAGAAAGCGCUGCAGAUUCGGGAGCUAGAGAUACAGCUCUCCGUUACUGGGAUAGCUGUACAAGAUUACUUCAGGACUCACCUUGGGACAGUGAUCAGCCUGAUGUCGAUUUUCAAGAAACCUUAAGCCUGCACACACGAUAUGCGGAAUUGCUUUGGUACCAACGCGACUUCAAAAAAGCGACGGAAGUUUUGGACAAAAUAUUUACCAACGUUUCAAGUCCUGUGGACCUGUCUCCUGCGUUGAUGAUCAGCUCGCGUGUUUAUGCUGUACAAGGCAAUAGUGUUGAAGCUUUUUCAACAUUAAAAGCAGGUCUACAGCAGCUCGGUCUCACGCUGCCAAAAAUAAGCUAUGCUGAGGCAGAUGAAAACUUCUACAGAAUUGUGAAGAUGCUCGAAGACAUAGCUGAGGACGAGUUGAUAGGUCGCCCUGCCCAGAUCGAUACCUUCCUCGACGCUAUUGGGCCCUUGCUCGUGGAGCUGGCGAGUGCAGCGUUCUGGACAGACUCGUUGCUGUUCUACCAAGUCACUAUGGUCAUGAUUGAAGUCCAUAUUCGACGAGGCGAGUAUCGACAGUGUGCUAUGGGUUAUCUACACUUUGCUAGCAUAGCGGCUGGACGUUUUGGAAUGGUCGAACUUGGUUGCAGGAUCUCAGAUCUGUCGGCUAGAAUGUCCCAAAAGUAUCAUGACGACUCAUACACCGUCGGACGCAGUGAAACACUGAGGGCAUUUUUCAUGGGCCAUUUGCAAACACGAAUAACAGACCAGCUCGUUGUUCUAGACGCUGCCCAAGACUCAUCAAUCAUUGCCGGAGACCGUAUUUUACAACUUUUGAACCUUGGAAUCUCAGCCGCAUAUAAAUUUUGGUCUGGCUCGGAUCUGCCAGAGGUUGAAGCGUAUUGUCAUGAUGCGCCAAUUGAGCUUACAGCAUGGGAGAAGGACCUCAGAGGAGGAGUUUUUAUUAUUGGUGUUCGACAAUACGUUCGCGCUCUACAGGGAAAGACACAGCUUAAGCUUUCUGCCACGCUGUUUGAUGACGAACACUUCAACCUUACAGAAUAUCUUAACUAUAUCAAGGCCACAGCAUCUAGCGCCGAGCGGCCCAUCUCCAUAAUUUGGAGUUAUUAUCUCGCCGGUCUCUUCCGCUUCGGACACUUUCUCGAUGCGAUAGAGAUAGGAGAGCAACUUAUUGAAAUGUCCAAAGGCUUGUUUUGCUCUCGGUAUGCAUACAGCAACUUGGUGUAUCUUGCUCUGGCAUACUGUCAUGUGCUGCACGAAACACCUAAGCAUGAGAACCGAAACACGUGGUUGGAACGCAUCGAGAAAUUUCGAAAGACCAUCAAAAAUGCUGCAGCUGUUAAUGAUGUCAACUUUAAAACCUGGCUCUGUUUAUUGGAUGCAGAAGUAGCAGAAAUCAAUAACGAUCAUGCUGCAGCGGUCAAUGCGUACGAGGCUGCAUUAGAUCAUAGCGAAUUGUAUGGUUCGUCUCUUGAUCAAGCACUCGCCUAUGAGCUUUAUGCCGACACUAUCAUUCGAAAAGGCGCCACACGUCCCGCAACACAGCUGCUGCGUGAAUGUCUAUCGGCGUACCGACGUGUAGGUGCGUACGGCAAGACGAAACAAUUAUCCGACAAAUUCGAGUGGCUUUUAAACGGCAUGAGGAGCCUGAGUACUGCAGAAUGCGCUGUACAAACCACAAUUGUUGACACAGGCAACACGUCUUACAAGCUUGAGCAGAAUGAGGAGCGUACGACACAAGAAUUGGGCAUUGAGACGCCUGCUGACCGCACUCGAAAAUUCCUUCAGCAGCCGGAUCCGCUUCAAAACAAUUCUACUCCCUCCGGCGAGUUUUCGGCAAUGGGGCUCGACAUGAUUGACCUGGCGAGCAUACUGGAAUCAAGCCAGCUGCUCUCUUCUGAACUCCGCGUGGACAAAUUGCUUCCAAAAAUGGCAGAGAUCAUGAUCGAAUCGACCGGUGCAGAGUUGUCUGCGAUAGUCAUUAAAGCAGACAGUGGCGAUGGCUGGAAUCUUGCCGCAUUAGGAACACCCGAGGGUGUGACCUCAUAUCCGGAGGGACAGUCGUAUGAGACAGUUGCAGCACAGGAGACUCGGCAGAUCACCACCUACGUGCUACGAUUCAGAGAAGGGGUGUUCUUGCACAACAUCUUGGAGGAUGAACGCUUCUCUGGCGCCUCACCCGAGUUCCUCAAAAAUCACCCUGAUGGUCGAAGUGUGAUCGCUGUGCCCAUCUUGCAUGGUGGUGACAAAUUGCUGGGCUCCAUUUACAUAGAAGGGCCGCCAAAUAGCUUCACCGAACGAAAUGUGACGGUUCUUCGCCUACUUGUGAACCAGAUUUCGAUCUCGUUGGCGAAUGCUUUUUACCUCAAAAAGAUUGAAAAGGUCAGCUCAGAAAAUGCAGCUAUGGUUGUCAUGCAGAAGGCGCACAUGGAAAAGAUGGCGCGUUCGGAGCAACGGGCAAAAGAAGCUGAAGCCAUUGCUAUCAAAAACAUGCAACUGAAGGAAGAGGCUGCCAAGGCCAAGUCCAUGUUUUUGGCCAAUGUCUCACAUGAACUACGGACUCCUCUGAACGGGUGCAUUGGCAUGAGUGAGCUGCUCAAAGCCACAAAGCUCACGGCGGAACAAGAAGGAUAUGCAGACAGUAUACGGACGUGCGCUGAUACCCUGCUCUCCGUCAUCAACGACUUGCUUGACUUCACCAAACUGGAAGCGGGAAAGAUGAACAUUUCUGCAGUGCCAAUGAAUCUCGGAGACACAAUCCGUGAAGUUGUCCGCGCAUUGUCUUUCCAAAACAAUCAGAAAGGCUUGCGAACAGUAGUAGACCUUGAUAGCCUUGACCCUCACCAGCUCGUCCUUGGUGAUCCUCUCCGUCUUCAUCAGAUAUUUCUCAAUUUGCUCGGCAAUGCGUACAAGUUCACUUCCGAGGGCUCAGUCACGGUGAAAGCUCACAAGAAGGAGGAUACCCCAGAAUACUUGGAUGUGGUGUUGAGUGUGCAAGAUACGGGCAUCGGUAUCCCGGAGGAGCAGCGAGUGAAGCUUUUUCAACCGUUUAGCCAAGUCGAAGGGUCUGCUUCCCGCACAUUUGGUGGCACUGGCUUGGGCUUGAGCAUAUGUAAAGCUUUGAUCGAAAGGAUGAAUGGUGAAGUCUGGCUCGAGUCAACCCCUGGAGUCGGCACAAAUGUGUCCUUUCGCAUUCGGUUCACGAAGAUCUCGCAUGCGGAGGCGGAACAAAUAUUUGACGAGUCUAGACAGGAGGAGAUGCGCCUGCAUUUCAAAUCACCGCCCGUGGGCCAAAACGGCCCACAGUCACUCGUGGCCGUCAUCGACUUGAGCCAGAUACCGCGUGACCAGAUCAAAAUCGCCAUUGCAGAGGACAAUGCCAUAAAUCAGAAAAUAGCGAUAAAUUUCGUCGAGCGGCUGGGCUUUCGAUGUCAGGCCUUUGGCAAUGGUAGAGAAGCGGUUGAUGCGCUCGAGAGGGCGAGUAAGGAUGGCAAACCUUACCACUUGGUGCUUAUGGACGUGCAGAUGCCUGUUCUUGAUGGCUAUGACGCGACUCGGGAGAUACGGAAGCAUCGUGAUCCCGCCGUCAGGAACGUGCUUGUCAUCGCUAUGACAGCAUCUGCGAUACAAGGUGACAGGGAGAGAUGUCUUGAGGCGGGCAUGAACAACUACCUCGCCAAGCCUGUUCGCGUCCACACGCUCAAGACUCUACUCGAAACAUACUUGUCUCAGCCACCGAAGUCCAUUCCCAACCUUCAAGAAGAGGCGACCAAGAUGGCGAAAGACGUGCUCGAGAAGGCAGGAGCGCUCUGCACUGAGGAGGAAGAGGUCGACGAGUCAAGCACACCUACAUCAGCAGGACGCUCACCAAACUCCAAGGUCGGAGUUUAGAACAUCACACAAGGACAGGAGCAACGUGGACAGCAACAUCACCGCCGUGGCUCCGGGCAAGAGGUGAUGCCCAACGCGGCGGCGGUUUUGGACUUGGAAUGACGUACUUUUGACUUUUAUUGAAGGCUUCGCUUUGCAUCCUGUGAAGGCCAAGGUUUUGUUCUCCAUUUAAUUUUGAUACCCACCGCACGCAGGCAGAGGGCGGUCAAGAACGUGCUGGGAUAUACAUGCAUGUGUACAUAUUGUGUGUCAUCUACGUGGGACUAUCAUGACUUUGAUGUUGGAAACUCACGCAGGCAUUUUAACGCGGCGUUGGGACACUGGAACUUUCGCAAGCUAGGAAGCAGACCCGUAUCUUCCGACACGUGUUGCUCAAGGCGAAUAUGGCGCGAGAAAGGUUCUCACCAGUCGUGCUGUCUGUGCGGGUAGACAUGGGUGAAAUGUUGUGCGUGCGACCUCUUUUUUUUUUUGUUUCGUUUCCAGAAGCUCGAGAUUAUGCAUUACCAAGGG